AUGGCGGUGUGGUUAGUGGGUUGGGAUCUGGUGGAGAGCAAUGGACCUGUCACAGUGAGUACAAACUUGUUAACUCCAGCGAAGCCUACUGCGUUCCCUGACUCCAAGUAUGACCAGUACCAGAGCAGCUAUGUGUACCUGAGUUUAAUUCCACAGGAGGAUGUGUGCAGGAUGCAUGUGAAAGGAAGCCACAGGAUGAAUAAUCACAGCUGGCAGAGAUGGGGCUCAGGAGCUGUAAUUCCAGUUGUUCUUCUGAGUGACCUGGCAAAGGAGCUGGAGGAAACGGAUGAAACUAAAGCAUUGCUGGGUCACAGGAGUCAAGAUCCAGUUUCGAACAUGAUGGCAGAAACUCUGUCCCCGAAAGAGGGAAAUGAUACUGGGGUUGGGAAAUCGAGUAUUGUUUGUCGAUUUGUCCAGGACCACUUCGAUCACAAUAUUAGUCCUACUAUUGGAGCAUCUUUUAUGACUAAAACUGUGCCUUGUGGGAAUGAGCUUCAUAAAUUUCUGAUCUGGGACACAGCUGGUCAGGAGCGGGACUCAUUUCAUACUUUGAAGAAAUGGGUGAAAGAACUAAAAGAACAUGGUCCUGAAAACAUUGUUAUGGCCAUCGCUGGAAACAAAUGUGAUCUUUCUGAUAUCAGGGAGGUUCCUAUGAAGGAUGCCAAAGAAUAUGCAGAAUCUAUAGGUGCAAUUGUUGUUGAAACCAGUGCAAAGAAUGCUGUUAACAUUGAAGAACUUUUUCAAGGAAUAAGUCGGCAAAUUCCACCCUUAGAUCCUCAUGAAAACGGUAACAAUGGAGCAAUCAAACUUGGAAAGCAGACUUCACAGACGGGUAGGCGGUGCUGCUGA